CUCAAAUGUUUAGCUAUAGAGUUUUCCGAGAAUCCCAUUAACUUAUCAAGGUAUUAAAUCAUCUUAUUGUCUUGUCUGGUAAUACUGUAUUAAAUUGACAUUUUGUAUAAGUAUAAGACUUUUAUCUAGAAUAAUACCUGACAAAUAUAAUACUGGAUAUAAUUAUUAAUUAUGCAACAAUGCAUUGAAAUUAAAUUAUAGUGUAUUGUAUUGUACAGUAUUUGCGACCUUUAAUACAGUGUUCCCCUGAAUUGAGUGCAGUUUUAGUGCACUUUGUAUUCAUUUAACUACAAUGUCAUCGACAACCUGAUUAUCUCAAUGUAGUACGUGAUGGAUACAAAUACCAGGGAAACUCUGGCAGGGAUUGCCUUUAAAUAGCAAAUAUAUUUCACUCAUUCAACACAUCCACUGAAAUCAUGAAUUUAUAAUUGCCGUUGAACUACAAACUUACACAUAAUUGUUAUAACACUUGAAUGCAAUAAGUUAUAUAACUUAACACUUGAAAUAAAUUAGUUUCAAAAACUUUUCAGCCCACCAAAAAAACUCAACUACUUUUGAGACCAGUUAUGAGUCUAAUUGGGAAACGAGUGCUCUUUCGUCAGCUAUUUGACAGAAUAUCGUGCACAUACACCUACCUAUUGGCCGAUAAGGUGACCAAAGAGGCCAUCCUUAUUGAUCCGGUGCUCGAGUGCGUGGACAGGGAUCUGCAGACCGUUCAAGAGCUCGGACUUAACUUGAAAUACGUGGCCAACACUCACUGUCACGCCGACCACAUCACGGGCUCCGGACUUAUUAAGACCCGACUUAACGCCAACCCCUCCCAACCCACUGUCAAGAGUAUUAUCUCGGAGUUGAGUGGAGCCAAGGCUGACAUCAAAGUCGAUGAUAACGAUGUGAUCACUUGCGGGGAGGCCAUCAAAUUGAAAGUCGUGGCCACACCUGGCCAUACAUCUGGUUGUGUGACAUACGUGGACACCGAUAAUGGACUCGUAUUUACUGGCGAUGCCCUACUUAUAAGAGGGUGUGGGCGUACGGACUUUCAACAGGGUGAUUCUGGCCUAUUAUACGAGUCCAUACAUCAAAAGAUAUUUACAUUACCCGACAAUUUUUCCGUACUUCCCGCUCAUGACUAUAAGGGACAAUUGGUGUCGACUGUGUCCGAGGAAAAGCGAUUUAAUCCACGGCUAACCAAAUCAAAGGAGGAGUUCAUAGACAUUAUGGCUAACCUUAAACUGGAUUUGCCUAAAAUGAUUGAUAUAGCGGUUCCCAAUAAUCUGGUUUGUGGUCUACACGACAUCAAAUAAAUGUUAUAAUUUAUAUUGUAUGUAAAAUUUAUUGAUUAUAAACGUUAUUAAUAAAAGAUUCUAGUUUUAAGUGGAAA